UCCUUUUCUGUGAAAUCCUCCUCCACUGACACCCCACAUACUGAGACACAGAGAUACACACGCUCACACCCAUGCGUGCACACACACGCCCUUCUCACUCAGACGAACAGGCACACCUCUCUGUCUCCCCCUCCCUUCCUCCCUCUCUCUAUUUCUCUCUCUCUCACUCGCUCGCUCGCUCUCUUACUCUCUCCCUCCCUCUCUCCCUCCCUCUCUCUCUCUCUCUCUGAGUCUCUUCGUGUGAUCAAUGGCAUGACUUCCUUCUUGUAGGCUGCUGGGGGUUGAACACAGGAUCCUCUCUGCUCUGUUUUCAGUCUGACAGCAGCAGUGGCAGCAUCCGCACUGAAGAGCAAGCUGGAGCACAGUCAGACCACACAUACAUUCACGCACACACACACACACACGCAGGCAAGCACAUGCACACACUGUGGAUUCCGUGAGCAGGCGACAUGAGUGCGGAUGAUGUGGUGUUUACCGGCUGGCUCACCAAGUCCCCCCCGGAGAAGAAGCUCAACACGAGAUACUCAUGGAGAAAGCGUUGGUUUGUCCUGCGCCAGGGCCGCAUGAGUGGCAACCCCGACGUGCUGGAGUACUACCGCAACAAAGGCUCCAAGAAACCCAUACGCACCAUCGACCUGCAGGAGUGCGAGGUCCGCAUGCCCUGCGAGCUGCAGCAGCUGCACAAGCGCCAGUUCCAGAAUCAUCACCUGUUCAUGGUGAAGACGGCCACGCGUGUCUUCUACCUGCUGGCGAAAACCCAGGAGGAGAUGAACCACUGGGUGCAGAGCAUCAGUCAGAUCUGCACCUUCGGGCCCCCAGAUGACACAGACUCGGCAGAGAGUUUGUCUCACACUCCAACACCCGAACAGCCUUCCCCUGCUCCCUCUCCCCGCGUCUCCCUGACGACCAGCACUGACUUCAUUCCCAAUGGCAGCACAGCAGGCAGGGACCGAACCAGCCUGUCGGACAGCAACCCUCCCCCAGACUACCUCAUCCUCUCACAGUGCAACUCGGGCACAAUCAGCAUCACCAGAUGCAGCAGCUUCACAAACUCUGAGCUCUCGCUGGAGCAAAGCUCGUCGGAGAUGGUCGUUGAGGACGUGUUCCUACCAACGCUGCCCGCCUCUGGCCCCCCCUCGUCCGCGUCACCGCUCCUGCUGGGCCGAGCGCUCGACACCCCCUUCAGCGCUCCCUGCGGCCAGCCGCCCCUCUGCUCCUCCUCCGCCACCUCCUCCCCCCGCUCCCUCCAGCAGAUGCCUGACAUCUUCCGCUUUGACUCGCCCUUCUGCCCGUCCUUCGACACCCACGUCUCAUACACCCCGCCCCCACUGCCCCCCAAGCCCACGAACCUCUCCGACAUCCUGGGCCACCCAUUCGCCCCACCCGCCCCUCUCCGACACCGGGUAUCCAUGCCCAGCCUGGACCUCUCCUGGAUGGGAGAGUCCGACAGCUCUGUGAGAAGGAGGAUCAAACUAGCGAGUCUCCAUCUGUCUUCGUUAGCUGGCGGUGCCACUCUACCAUGCCAGUCAGAUGAUUCAUACGUGCCUAUGGCCUCCCCACCGGCCACCACUGUUGACAUGCCCACUGACGGCUACAUCCCCAUGAGCCCCUCGAUGUUUCCAAGGACCAAUGGGAAAGUAGAGGCGCCGCCUCCCCCCGGGGCCGACCUGGAGCCUCCACCAGUCAACCGCGACCUGAAACCUCGGAGGCGGGCGCGACCUCCGCCCCUUGACCUAAGAGGGUUGUCCACCAUCAGAGAGCACCCCUGUCACCUCCCCCUGGUCAGAACACACACUGAGCCAAGUGCUGUGCAACCCUGUGUUACUUCGGACAGAAGAUGGAGGGCCUUUAAUCCAGCGGACCCAGAAGCCUUCAGUACUCCCACAGACAGACUGUUUUUCCCUGUGGCUGAAUCGGCACCGCAGCAGCCCUGGAUGAGGUGUUCCCGUCUGGAUUACCUUUCUCUGGAUUUCAACUCAGCCUCCCCUUCGCCCGUGCUUAAGAAGCCGCUCCUGGCCGACGAUCACAAAGUGGACUACGUUCAGGUGGACGAGAAGAAGACUCAGGCCCUUCAGAACACCAAGCUGGAGUGGAAGGAUGUCCGGCAGUCCCAGGCAUAAUGGUGUCCCAGAGAGACGAGCAAGAAAGAGAGCCAUCUGUUGCUCUCCAAAGCACUGCGAAGCAUAGACUUACAAGGACCAAACCCAACCCCUAACAGCACAACCACCUGGAUGGCAAAGAGAGCAAUAACUAACACCUAACCUAACUGCCCGGCGUUCACCGUCACCAAAGGGGUCGAAAACAAGCCUGUUAGCUUGUCACGACCAACAUUUACAGACAGCAGAGGGUUUUCUUUUUUUUUUUACGUUUCAGCAACACAAGGUCACCAGCGAGCUCUACUCUCCAUGAGGCUCCAUGGGGCCUGGACCAGAUUUGGCUUAUUUGUGCCUCACAGCUGGCCUUUUGAGUGUACACUGUGAAGGAGGAGGACAGAGGACAUAGUACUGUGAAAGCUACUCAAAUAUGCCAAAUGAAGACACAAGAACAUCACAACUGCAGACACAAAGUCCCUCUCAGCUGUGCUGCAGCCUCGUUCAUUUCAACUACUGAUUGUACUGGCUUGUAAAUAUGAAGAAGUUGACUGUCUAUCAUUAUUAUGCCUUCAUAACAGGAAAAUACAUACUCAGAAAAUCACACUGUAGCUUUUUAUCAGCAACAAUGAUAUGCAUUAAUAUAUUAUAACUCACUGCUGGGUGCAGAAGGUGAUUUGUAAAUAUCUAUUGUACAUAUUUUGAAUCUGUGUUUGUGUGUGUGUGUGUGUGUGUGUGUGUGUGUGUGUGUGUGUGUGUAUGUGUGUGUGUGUGUAGAGAGAAAGACGGAGAGAGAGAGAGAGAGCGAGAAAGAGAGAGAGAGCCUAUACUUUUGUCUAUAUUUAUCUAAAUGGCAGCACUUGUGUAAUAUCUCGUAACAGAAUCUGGUUAAUAAGAGACCUAGAUGACCUGUGUUACCUGUGGUACCAAUUACACAAACCUCUAUGACUUACAAUUAAGUUCCUUAUCAUUUCAGUAAUGCAAGCACUUUUCUGAAGUACAGAUAUAUCGCUUUGAGAUAUGCAUUAAAGUCCCUUUUUUCAAGACAUUCUCUUGAGUCACCAGUGAAAAGGAACAUCAAAAAAUGGAUGACAAAAGAAAUUCCUGCAGGUUAAUAAGACAGUAAUUUUUUUCUUCAAAGAUGCUGAUUGCUGUAUUAUAUGUACACUGUCGUGUAUGCAAUGGUGCAUAAUCGAGAUUAUUUACAUGUCAAAAUAAAUCACUUUUUUAAAUAAA